AGAGCACUGACCAAGCACCUGGGAUCCAAUUCAGACCUUCCACAUUUAGCAAGCACUCUGCCCUUGAGCUACACCUUUAUCUAUAUUUGAAUAUGGAAUCGGAAAAUGCCAAAGCUGAGAAUGCGGAAAUAGGGAAUUUGGAAGCAAACAGCAAGGAAGGUAAAAAUAUGCAAUAUGAGACAUUUUCUUCUGCCUGGGCCCUUCAAGCACUAUCCAAUCUCCUGAAUCCUGAAGAAGAGGAUGGUUUUGAGUUUGAACAGGGACAAUGUUCAUUUACUAUUGGAGCCAUGGGCCCUGGGAACAUUGGACCGCCUAAAGCAAAAGAGUCCAAAGCCAUUCCUGAACCCAGGAGUGAUGAAAGUGAGAACAUCUGGAAUCCAGAAGAGGUUCCAGAAGGAGCAGAGCAUGAUGAUAUAUGGGAUGUUCGUGAAAUCCCAGAUUAUGAGAUUGUAUUCCAACAAACUGUGGGAACUGAGGACGUAUACCUAGGAUUAACAAGAAAGGAUCCUUCAACAGCAUGCUGCCAGGAGCUGGUGGUGAAAAUUAAACUGCCCAAUACAAACCCUUCUGAAAUUCAAAUUGAUAUCCAAGAAAUGCUCCUUGAUCUUCGCACUCCUAAAAAGAAGCUGUUAGUAAACUUUCCCCAGCCUGUGGAACGGAACAGUGCUAAAGCAUCCUAUAUCUGGGAAGCUGAAACACUUGAAGUCAGGAUGACUGUCCAAAGGGAUAUGGAUUUUAAUAUUUCCUGAAACUGCAUGAAUAAGAAGAGAGAGAAAAAAAUCGUGACAAGAACAUUUUUUUUUUUUAACCUUUGAAUACUGGUUACGUUCUCUUUUUUUCCCCCUGACAUAUUUUAGAAAGGUUCAGAUUUUUAGUGGUGUUUUCAUCAAAUACAGUCAAUUCUAUUACUGUUAUGAUAUAUGGUUGUUUCGUACAAUAAGGUGCUGUUCCAUUUUUAUAGUGAGCUGAAUAAAAUAUUUUCAAGUUAACCAUCUAUAUUAUUACAUGGUCAAUCUCACAGCAGAGCUAUGACCAUGAAAUAAGUGAUUCACUUAAAUCAGCAGUCUGAAGAUCUUCAGCUAAUUAAACUACCAAAAAAUCUGCUACAUAAGGAUUUGUUAUUAUUAUCACCAGAAAAAUUCAAUUGGUUGCUUUUUCAUUGAUUUUAACAAAUAAUUUAGAAUGUUUUCAAUCUAGGGCUUCAUUAUUGUUCUGGAACAUAUAAGUAAGAAAGGACUAUAAAUAAUUUGCUGUGUCCUGUGAGACACAUGUUUACUUGAAAAAGUAGUAUUUAUAGAUAUAUUUGUAGAUUCAUUUUUCUCUUGUUUUUAUCUUUUUAAUUAGACAUUCUUAUUUUUAUUAAUUUUCCCAGUGUUCCUUGAAUUUUCUGUACUAUUGAAUGAGUUUAUUUCAUUACUAUUUAUUAAAAAGUUA